AUGGAUGCUUUGAGCCACGCCUUACUUAGAGCCACCCGGUCACCGUUCUCGGACAACAUUGAACAGGCCCCAAUGUUGAGUAGGUUUACGUGUCCUCCAUUCAACUCCUACGAUGGAAAAAUGGACCUGGUUGAGCACAUUAGCCAUUAUAUUCAGAUGAUAUCCCUGCACACCCACAAUGAUGCACUGAUGUGUAAGGUAUUCCCUUCGAGCUUAAGGCCUACGGCAUUGAGAUGGUUUAAUGGGUUGCGAAAAGGUUCCAUUCACAACUUUGCCAAGCUGAUCCAGGAGUUUGGUGUCCGAUUUGUAACUUGCAGCCGGGUACCACAACUGAUAGACGCAUUGCUAUCCAUGAAAAUGAGGGUAGGAGAAACCUUUCUCAGUUAUGCUAGCCGAUACUGGGAGCUUCAUAAUGAGAUCGGCAGGGGUAAUGAGAAGAUUGCGGCGAGUACUUUUCAAAUGAAAUUGCCCGAGGAUUCUGAACUGCGGGAGUCAUUAACUAAGAAGCCUCUUGAGGACAUGAGAUAG